AACAUCUUCACUUCAUUUCCAAUUUCCCAGCUUCUCCUUCUCAACAGUUCACACACACACAAAAAAUGGCAAAUGCAAUGUGCCUCUCAUCAUUUCCUCUCUCAAAAACACUCAAAUUAUACCCCAAAUCAACACUAACACCCUUAGCAAUCCUUACCUCAUCUGGGUAUAAAAUGAGAGUACCAUACCAGCUUAAAGAUGGGCAAAAUCGUCAGUUUCAUGAGCUCAAAUCUGGGUUAAAAAUGGAGGUGAUUUCCCAAAAAAAGGAGAAAAGAAAUGGGGAAGAACAAGAAGAAAAAAAUGACAAGCCACCUCUUGUGUUCAUUCAUGGAAGCUUUCAUGGAGCUUGGUGUUGGGCUGAGCAUUGGUUGCCUUUUUUUGCUCAUUAUGGGUUUGAUUGUUAUGCUCUCAGUUUGUUAGCCCAGGGUGAAAGUGAUACUCCUACUGAUAAGGUUGCUGGUACUCUCCAGACUCAUGCAGCAGACAUCGCACACUUUAUCGGGAAAGAGCUUACAUCUCCGGCUGUUUUGGUUGGACAUUCAUUUGGAGGACUUAUUGUUCAAUAUUACUUAUCAAGCAUAAAAAAUAAGGAGAUGAUAGAUAAUAGCCAUCCACGCCCAGAUCUUGCAGGAGCUGUACUUGUCUGCUCUGUGCCUCCAUCGGGUAAUAGUGGCUUAGUAUUGAGAUAUCUCUUUUCCAAACCUAUAGCUGCAUUCAAGGUGACUCGGAGCUUAGCAGCAAAAGCAUUUCAGACUGAUCUCUCACUUUGCAAGGAAACAUUUUUCUCACCGCAGUUGGCUGAUAGCUUAGUCCAAAGGUAUCAAAAGUUGAUGACGGAGAGUUCAAGGCUGCCAUUGUUCGAUUUAAGAAAGCUAAACGCAUCCCUUCCCGUUCCCUCAAUACCCGAGUCUUCUGUUCGUGUUCUUGUUGUGGGUGCUAAAGAUGAUUUCAUAGUGGAUGCCAAAGGACUUGACGAAACUGGCGAAUUCUAUGGCGUGACUCCGGUAUGCGUGGACGGAGUUGCUCAUGACAUGAUGUUGGAUUGUGAAUGGGAGAAAGGUGCAAAUGCCAUUCUGUCCUGGUUAACUACACUUGAGACAGAGUGAUUAUGAAGGUUUCUUAAGGCAUUUUAUUAGUGUAAUUAGUCAAAGUUUACGAGUUUCGAGUUGGAAUCAACUCCGAUAGAGCGGAUAUGUAAGGCUACUCGGUCAACAUGGAUACAAAAAUUCAUACUUGUCAUGAGUAGUGUGUAUGUAGUAGGUUUGAAAGUGUAGUUGUGCCAUACUUCCUCCGUUUUAUAUUAGUUUAACUCACUUUGAAUUUAGUUUAAUUUUAUUACUUUUGGAUUUUUUUUGGUGGUACUCUUACAUUAUUAUUUAAUUUUAUCUCCAUAUUUCUUUCAAUGUCUCCUUUUGAUUUACUCUUUGCUUACAAAGUUAAACAUAAUUCUCUUUUAAUGUGUCAAAGAA